ACAAAGUACGAGAACGGAGCUGAAGGGAGACCUAGAUUUGGAAUCAGCUUAGGGCUUUCUGAACACAUUCUCAUCACCUGGACAUUCAAAUACUAUAGAGAUCAAGUAUCCAGGCCCUGACAUGGAGCUUCUUCUCAAGUCUGUUGAUACUCUGAACUCGUGCAUCUACUCUGAGAUAAGAACGAGAAUCCCAGAGACUAGUGAAUGGGACUAUAACUUUGAGCAGGCAGGAACCACACCGAUUACUUUUACUGUAAAGUCAGCGGCGUUGAAAGAAGCAAUAGAUGAUCUUGAGUGGCCUGGAUCAAGCGUGCAGAUUAGCCUUCAAAAGUCUCCUCCUUGUGUUACCUUUAGAAGAGAAGGACAUGGAGACUUACAGAUAGACUUCAUGUAUUACGCCAACACUGAUCUUCUCCUUAUCUUUCAUUGCGAUACUGAAGUCUCUUACAGGUAUAAAUACAAGUUUUUGAAGGCGACAACAGCAAAUAUUCCGGGAAACGUCGCCAGGGAAAACAUGGGAAGCAAGCUGACAAUAGGAAGAGGAGGGAUGUUGAAAGUUCAGCACUUGGUUUCAGUUGCUAAAGCGUUAGCUCCACAAGUGGACUCUGCAGGUUAUCAGCCGCCGAGUCGGAUUUGCUUAUAUAGUUCUUUGUCAAGCCUGAAGAGUUUAUAA